ACGACGGCAAGCCACCAACUCUCUUAGAAUUCCAGCAAGUCGACGCUCCAUGACACACGAAUCAUUGCCGCUAGUUACCAAGCACGCUGAGGAUGGCUCCGUUAAUGUUGCGAGUGCAUCAGACGUCCUGCCUCCGCAAAGGCACCGUCUCCUUGGUUUGGGGUUGGUGGCCAUGUCAGCCUUUACGUUUAGCCUCAUGUCUGCGGCUAUCAAAUAUGAGUCUUCGUACAUGUCAUCGAUGGAGACGUUGUUUUGGCGUGCGAUCGUCGCUUGGAUUUUCAACCUCGUACGCCGUUGAUGUUUCCCAGCAGUUCAACAUCUAACGGCAUGUGCAGAUCUUGGUGCUAGCCACGCGAACCAAUUUGCACGUACCGAGCGAAUUCAUGCCACCACUAGCGUUUCGUUGCGUCGUCGGCUUCUGUUCCAUGUCGCUGACAUUUUGGACCAUGUCGCAAAUGGUGUUGGCCGACGCCAGUUGUAUCGUUUUCACCAGCCCGGUCAUGGCCUUCUUGCUGGGCUCAAUUGUCCUUGGCGAGCACAUCAAACCCGUGGAUUUUGCGCUAGCGAUUUUUUGCUUCAGUGGUGUGGUGUUUGUGGCUCGCCCGGUGUUCCUCUUUGGAGACGAAGCUGUGGACUACAUGGCGAAUAAAAAAGUCGUGCAGGGGUCGAAGUUUGCCGUUCUCGGGGGGCUGGCGUCGGCGGCGUGCCAGGCGUCGGCGUACGUCGCCAUUCGACACAUCAAGUCGCUCAACUUCAUUGUCGUGAUUCACUACUUCAUGCUGGCGUGUUCGGUGUUGUCAGUGGCGUGGAUCUUUGCAUUUGAAGGGGGCUUGACACUGGAAUUGCCGUUGAACGUGUGGUGGCUGUGCGUGAGCACGGGUGUGUUUGGCUUUUUGGGCCAAUUGUGCAUGACCAAGGGGUUUCAGCUGGAAAACGUCGGCAUUGCGUCCGUGAUGCGCUACUUGGACAUUGUGUUUGUGUUUGUAUGGGACGUGACCCUCCUGCACGAACAGAUCAGCGUGUGGAGCUUUGUGGGCGCGGCGAUCAUUUUAUCGUGUGCGAUUGCCAUUGCCAUUCGCAAGGCUCAUGGUUAACGACACAUCGGCGUACAAAAUAUAAAACCAUUUUGAAAAGUGACA